AUGGUCUUCUUGGUGUCCCUGGAUGCCACCACGUUAGCCGUUGCAAUCCCGGCCAUCACCGAUGAACUUUCCGGUACGACUUUGACCGCGUUUUGGGCCAACAUCUCCUUUACAGUAGCUGUUGUGGUCAUCCAGCCUAUUUAUACUAGUUUCUCAGACAUCUUCGGCCGUAAAAUCCCUCUUUAUAUGGCUUUUUCCCUUUUCGGCAUUGGAUCAAUUGUCUUUGCCGUCGCGAACAAUAUGGCAGUUCUGAUUGUAGGACGUGUUCUACAAGGACUUGGCGGAGGCGGACUCGACGUCCUAAGUGAGGUUAUUGUCGCCGAUAUCACUACUCUAUAA